UAUGUCUGCUAAGACAAGCAUCUCAGCCACAGCUCAGCUGGCGCGCAGUCUCCUCACUCAGCAUCCAGCAGCACUGAGAGCGGCAUGGCAAGGGCUUUGGGAAGGUGUGGUGAGGGGCUGACGGGCUAACCGGACCUGAGAGCGCAUCAACAGCCAUCACCCUCAUUGUCGGCACCACCAGCAGAAACAGCAGCGGCUGCAGCAGUGGCAUCCCCCCCCCUAAGUCCUGAGUGAAGAAGCGCGCCGCUGAUGGAGCCACUCACACGCUAAUGAUAAAACGAUGCACCAGUCGCCGCCGACUCGGUGUUGGAGCAAGGAGGCAGGGCGCCGUUAACCCGACACAGAGCCGACCCGUAUCUAUGCGCGGUGCGCGCCUCUCUCCGGUCCCGUUUGCAGACGAUCGAGAAGAUGCUGAGCCGACUGAUGAGCAGCAGCGUCCGGAGUCUGGACAGGGAGUGCAACUGCACGGUGAGGCUGCUGGACGACUCGGAGUACACCUGCACGAUCCAGCGGGACGCCAAAGGACAGUACUUAUUUGACCUCAUCUGCCACCACCUUAACCUUCUAGAGAAAGACUACUUUGGCAUCAGAUAUGUUGAUCCAGACAAACAGAGACACUGGUUGGAGUUUUCAAAGUCUAUUGCCAAACAAAUGAAGUCCCAGCCACCUUUCACCAUGUGUUUGCGUGUCAAGUUUUAUCCACCAGACCCAGCUGCUCUCAAAGAGGAAAUCACCAGAUAUCUUGUCUUCCUGCAGGUUAAGCGGGACCUCUACCACGGCCGCCUCCUUUGCAAGACAUCAGACGCAGCUCUGCUAGCUGCCUACAUAUUACAAGCUGAAAUUGGUGACUACGAUCCUGGGAAACAUCCUGAGGGCUAUAGCUCCAAGUUCCAGUUCUUCCCCAAGCACUCGGAGAAGUUGGAGCGGCGAAUUGCUGAGAUUCACAAAACUGAGCUGAUAGGUCAGAGUCCUGAAACAUCAGAGCUCAACUUCUUACAAAAGGCCCAGACUCUAGAGACGUACGGAGUAGACCCUCAUCCAUGCAAGGAUGUGUCUGGGAAUCCUGCUUUUCUGGCUUUCACUCCGUUUGGAUUCACUGUGCUACAAGGAAACCGGAGGGUCCAUUUCCUCAAAUGGGAGGAGGUAACCAAACUCAAGUUUGAAGCAAAGACAUUCCACAUAUAUGCAACUCAGAAUGAGGAUAGGAAGAUUAUACUUACAUACUUUGCACCUACACCAGAGGCCUGCAAGCAUCUGUGGAAGUGUGGAGUUGAGAACCAGGCCUUCUAUAAGUUGGAGAAGUCAAGUCAAGUUCGCACUGUGUCCAGUAGCAAUCUCUUCUUCAAGGGUAGUCGCUUUAGAUACAGUGGAAAGGUUGCAAAAGAAGUGAUGGAACAAAGUGCCAGAAUCAAGAGGGACCCCCCGGAGAUCCACAGGGCGGGCAUGGUUCCCAGCCGGAGUUGUCCAUCUAUCACUCACGGUCCUCGUCUGACCAGCGUCCCCAGAACCCGGAGGAGAGCUGUGCACAUCUCCAUCAUGGAAGGUUUGGAGUCUCUUCGAGACAGUGCCCACUCCACGCCGGUGCGCUCCGUCUCCCAUGGCGACUCCUUCAUGUCUAGCCGGGGCCACCUGGAGGAUGGCAGCGAGGCCAGCACGUCAGGAGUGAUCUCCGAUGAGACCUACAGCCCCUCGGACAGCGUGCUGCCCACUCCUGUAGCAGAGCACGGGGCGGAGCUUUCUUCAGCUCGUCACCUCAACGGGGCACCCUGUAGCAUCGACGAGGAGAAGGAAUCGGAGGCAAGAGCCCUGAAGGAGGGGCAAGCAGGAGAGUUCAGGGCCGGCAGGAGAGCGCUGCGUGUGGUCCGUAGCAGGCCCUCACAGGGCGCUGAUGUAGAAGAUCUUAACAAGUUCAUCCUAAGCGUGCUGCGCCUGUUCCUAGUCACCAUCGGACUGCUGUUUGCCCUGCUGCUGCUGCUCAUCAUGCUGACCGAGUCCGACCUGGACAUAGCCUUCCUGAGAGACAUCCGCAAGACUCCUGAGUUCCAGCAGUUUCACUUCGAGUAUUUCUGUCCUCUCCGGCGCUGGUUCGCCUGUAAGUUACGAUGGAUGGGCGGUUUUCUCGUUAGCAAGUGAGAUGAAGCGACUGAGGAGUCCAAGACUUUACACAGGCCAACAUGUGGAAAAGACAGUACAGGCGAUAAGGGAGUGAACGGCGACGGCUUUGUUUAUAAUGGCUCUGCUUCUCCCAGGAGUUCCUGUAACAAGCCACAGACUGCCGUGAUUAUAAUGUAUGACUAUCACUUCAUAUGUAGGAACAGAAAUCACACUUUAUUUUAGCAAUUCAGGUCAUUUCAAGGUAUAUUAUUUUUACACAAAGUCCCAAUAGCAGGGUGAAUCAAAGCUUUGAUCCGAGUCUGUAAGGCUUCGCUCUUUCAGCCAGAGAUCAUAGUUGCCUUUAUUUUUCUAUUCAUUUGUAUGUUAUAACAUUACUGUGAGAGAGGAUGACGUGACAGUUUGUGGUGAUUUUCAACAAGACAGUUUAUGCAAAGUCCUGACGAGACACAAAAAACCCCCAGGAGAGGAUAGUUUAGCUUUAACAAACCAACAAUGAUUCAACAAUAAACAGCACCCUCUAUAAUUACUGGUAACCUUUAGUAAAGAUUUGCAAAAAGCCUUGAAAUGAUUUUUUUUUUAUAAAAUUAAAAGAAUUUAUACACAAUCCAACCUUUAGUUUAAUCACAGCAGGGGAAAAUACAUUUCUUUACAAGAAGUACUUAUUCUUUCUUUUUGCAAAAUCAGCAGCGCCACAUUUAUUGGCAGCCUUUAUGAUCGCUAAAAAAUAAAUGUAACUGAAGCGUGUUUACAGCUUUUAAAAUGGUGUUUAGUGUUUUGGAAAUACUACUUUGUAAUCUACGCUUUCCUUUUUCUGUGAGGUAAUUAAACGGCAUCAGACAAAGGCCAGUUUCUCUUGCCACUCUUCAAAAUGGAAAAGGCGAGAGGGAGAGUGUGCCGUUGAAGUGAGGCAGAUGUGUCUUUGAUCUUUCUUUGUCAGCACAUCGCAUCAAGAAACAUGUCUAACCCCGGCCCAUUUGGACAAUCAGAGCAAUAGCCACAAAAUUCCAAACAACUAGCAACAUGACAAACAAGCCUGAACCGGGAUAUGAGUUUAAAUCCCCACCACACACAGUAAGCAGAGUGGUAAGGACAUCUUAAGUGAGAAUUUGGUGGCAUCGUUCAGAAGGAUGAUUUUAAAACAUAUAGCCAAAUCUCCCUGGUUCUAUGAUCAUGUCAGUCCACAGAUCUAAUCUCGCUUGAGUUGAAGAGGAGGAAGUGGGCAUAAAAUAGAAUACGUGACUCUAAAUAAUCCAAAGAGAUUAUGCGUAGAGGUAUGGUAGCGGAAUGAAUUUAAAUUAAAGGUUGGGUUUUUUCUAAAAGGUUCAAUGUGUAAUAAUGCAAUUGCAACAGAAGAGGAACUCAUUUUAGGGCUUUUUUUUUUACAGAUCAUUUUUUAUCAACAAUUCCCUAAAAAAAUGGAGGGCUCUGUAAAAGCUGUUGCUAGAGGUUGGACCUGUGUGGGGGGAGGUAAGACAUAGAACCAGGAAACAUAACAUGGUGAAUGUAGAGUCCUCAACCAGAUAAUCUGUUUGGAACCCAAUAUCUGGCUACACUCAGUUAAAAUGACUACAAAACAUCUUUUUAUGGUCACUUAAUGACACAGAAAGUGAUGCAGGUGCUCCCCUGUCAGCUGGUUCAGUGUUUUUGAACAUGUAAUGUUCAGGUGUUUGUCAGGUGUUCUCGCGUGAUCGUUUUAGUACAAAAGCUUUUGGACCAUUAAAGUCAACAAAAUAAAAUAAGCCUUCAUCAGAAUAUAAAUAAUAUAUUGAGGUCAUAGGUUAACUGUUAACUUAAUAGGAGCCAAAUAACACAAUCAGUUUCUGUAUGAAGGGUUGGUGUCACUUUGCUGUAGUUUCCUUUACAGUAGCAGUAAAGUUGAAGGGAAAAUAUGAGCUAAUGGUCGUGGUAGUCAAGUGUUUGGUCAGUUCUUCUCCCAAAAUCUGUAGAAAGUUCAUCUUGUUGUGCAAUAAUGUUAAUAAAUCAAAAAUCCUUUCCAUCGAGGGAAAAAAAAUUGAUUUGUAAAGUUUGUAAAUUUUAAAAUUCUUGGUAUUUUCCCACAGUGUUAAGAGUUAGUUCUUAUGUCAGAUCUCCACAGUAGUGAGUCAUUUAAGUUUAUGUUACCCUGCUGUUUAUUAAUUUUUGCAUUUAUAUGUAAGCCUUAUAUUUAAAUUGUGUCCGUUUUUGUACACAUUGCUGUCUGUUUAUCAUAUGGAGGCCCCUCACAAUGGCUGUAAUAUGUUUGGAGCAUUGUUUUUACUGCAAGAAAAAAAAAAACUGUUUUCAAGCCCCUUAAAAGAAAGCCUAAGACAGUUAUUGUUUAAGUCAUACACAACGUUGUUCAUCGCCACGCCUACCAAAGAAACCUCUGUUGUCUCACAGCCUGUUUGCAUCAACAGAUGAAAGCUCUUCUAGUCUGCUGACCGUCUUCAGCCUUAUUACUCUGAUUUUUGCAAGCAAACCUACAAUGUGUCUUUAUUUAAAAAAAAAAAAAAACUAAACAGAAGUUAGUGUUCACAGUCAAGUGUUUGUCCUCAGGAUUAAAAAAGAAAAGAUACAUAAAUGCUACGUGCCAGUGCGGUGUAUUAGCAAAUGUGGAGCAUCAUGCUUUAAAAAGAGACAUCUUGAUAUAAUUUUGCUGUUUGUUGAGAUAUUUUAGUUGUAUACAGUUUAAGGUAAGUAGCAUUGACAAUUACUCUAUUAUUUCUACAGUUUCCAAAAGAAAAACAAUCCCAUAGAGAUCAUUUAUUUUUACACAUCAUAGAGACACAGCUUUUUACUUUGUAGCUCCAGUGGGUUUCAGUAACAUACUUAUAUGUACAGUUGAAGCCAUAUUUCUACAUACACUGAAUAAAAAGACACAUAACCUUU